GGCACUUGGAGCGUAGAGGGAGGUUGUGUGAAACCAGAGAGGGGGAACCGGGCGGGUAAUUCUGUCAUGGAGCUGCUUAGUCAAGGGGCCGAAGCGCGGGUCUUCGCCACGACGUUCUGCGGCCGUCCGUCGGUGGUCAAGGAGCGCUUCCGAAAAACCUACCGCCUGCCGGCUCUGGAUGAGAAGCUCACAACAAGGAGAACGUUACAAGAAGCUAGAUGCAUGCUCAAGGCACGCAAGGCAGGAGUCAGGACACCGUGCCUCUACCAGCUGGACAGUGCCAACACCAAGAUCACCAUGGAGAAGGUCGACGGAAUCACGGCGAAACAGUUCUUGCUAGACUGCCUUCAGAGGGGAGAUUCUGCGGCCGCCCUAAAGGUUGCGGGAGAAAUCGGGAAGAUGGUGGCCAAGAUGCACGACGCUCAGGUGGUGCACGGCGAUCUGACAACGUCCAAUUUUAUGGUUCGGAGCGGUCCUGGAGAAGGAGACGUAGUGGCGAUUGACUUCGGCCUUGCUUCGUCGAAGCCACUCCCGGAGGACAAGGCGGUUGACCUGUAUGUGCUGGAGAGGGCGUUCAUUUCCACACACGAAAAUGCGGAUCCCUUGGUGAACGAGGUCAUGCGAGCCUACAAGGCGGCAUCGCGCAAGGCGGAUGCGACGCUAUACAAGCUAUCCGAGGUUCGACGACGAGGGCGAAAGCGAGAGAUGUUUGGGUGAUGCCAUUUGCUGCGUCCUGUUUUUCCACUGGUCCUGAAGCAAGCGAAAAAUUGGUAUUGUUGUUACCGUGUGUCUGUUGUCUAGACCAAGAAGACGGAGCGCAAGAUGCCUGGUUGUACAUCACUCGAUGGUGCUCCAAAAGUGUGGCUAACCGACGAAUUUUGGCGCAGCGUCGGUCGCAAUAUUUUUGCUACGCUCGAACCGGAUGGGCGACCGACAGAAGAACUGUGUACUGUUGGCGUAGAAGAGGUUGGACUCUUGUUGUAUCACGAGGAAGGUGGUGUGCCACAUCAAGGGGUUUUUGACAUCGUAACUAAUGAUGGCUCCGUUCCCUAGGGGUGAAGAGAGUGCUCCCAAGGUGUUUACAGUGAGAGGGGCUUGGUUAUCUCGAGAUUUCUGCUGGGAUCUCACGGGACCCGGUAGCACGAAUGAAGUUGCUCGUGGAGCUCUUGCCCAAAUAAAAUCUCUGGACGAGCGCGGCAUCAUCGCAAGAACAUUGGGCUUCGAAUAUUUGUGAGGUGACACAGUACACAACAGUCCUGUUGCCGAGUUAUCGCAAAGACGAUGCUGUCUGCGUAGAUAUGGUCAGUCCAGGACAAUUUGUCCAUUUUGUUUUUUAGCGAUAACUUUCGAACAAAAACGAUUUGGAAGGUGAAACUGCUUUGGCCGUGACGGCGGCGUCGAGCUGCGUCGAUAUCCGAUGAGUUUUUUGUGUUUGGACAAAAUGCGACUUUUUGGUCAUAAUGAUCCACGGAACCCCUAUC